CCUAAAAACAACAAUAACAAAUAGGAAUAAGAAAAUUCAUGUACCUAAACAAUUUUACCUAUCCCUAAACUCCCAACUCUUCAUCAUACCAAACGGCAACAAGUAUAUCUAUGAUUUAAAAGAAUUGCAAGAAGAUAACGGCGAAUGUUUCCCAGCCCUUCUACGAGGACAGCAAGCAGCGUGUGAUUUUGUAGCGAACCCAACAAAAUUCGAAAUUAUCCAUCUAGACAUGAUGCACAUUCCUAUCAACUCAGCCGUUGAAUUUACAAUAAAAACCACAUGCGGUCUAAAGAAGAGAAAUCUGACAGGCUCGUUUCUCCUGUCAUACAAAUCUUGUGAAAUAUUCCUGAAUGAGGAAGAGAUUUCAAAUAACAAAACAGAACUACAUGGAUCACCGCUGAAUCUCCCCAUCUAUGGCUUAAACGUUACAUCAGUAAACAACGUGCUAAACCCCAAUCUCGAACAUCUCUAUUCAAUACAUGUGGAACUUAGGAAAGAGAUGCAUCAAAUUCGAUUAGAAUCGAAGAGCUUCACUUGGAACGGUUGGUCUAUAACCAGUUUAGCAAGUACACCGAUAAUGCUAUUGAUUGUUAUUUGUGUAUACCUAAUCAUCAGAAAGCAAAAACGAACAGUCAUAAACAUCCGAGGACAGCCUACUUCUAAAACUACAUCAGAUCAACCCGAACAAGAAAUCCAGACCGAUACCAUUAAACCGCCGGCGAUGAUGGCAGUUUUUCGGACGGAGCCUUAA